AUGAGAGGAACCAAAUUUCGCAGAAAUCUUAGGUGCAAGUUACGGUCGGAUGCGAGACAUCCAGACAUUAGCCUGUGGGAAAAGGCUCGCGUGGGAGACCUUCGAUCGACCAAGGUCAGACAUACUACAAGUCAACGAGCAAACCAUCCUCUGAACGAGAGACCGCUCAAGGCGACAUCGCCAAAACUGAACCGCAACUUCCGACAUUCUUGA